AUGUUCCCCUCUUCUCGCGAGAGUUGCCUGAACGUGAGUCCGUGGCACCGGCCGGAGCCGGGAUGGCCCCUGGCCUGCUCCGCAGAGUCGCCGAAUGGGAUUUCGCGGCUCCCAGGCCGGCGCGGGGAUGGCGCCCCGAGACCGGCCGGUAGCGACGCCCCUUCCUCCGGCCAUGCGCAAGCGAGGGGCCCGGAAGCGCCUCAAGUUCCGGGCCGGCGACGUCUGCUUGGAGCGGGUGACCGUGGCUGACUACGCCAACUCGGACCCCGCUGUGGUAAAGUCCGGGCGCGUCAAGAAGGCCGUGGCCAACGCCGUCCAGCAGGAAGUGAAAUCAUUCUGUGGUUUGGAAGCAUCUUGCGUACCUAGUGAUGAAGUAUUAUCAGUGGCAGAGUCCUGUGGCAGUAGCGAUGAAGUGGAUUCUAAGGAUUCUAUUAAUGAUAGAGUAUCGUCUAGAAAAAAGAAAAGCAAGAGGUGUAAAGAAAAUUCUGAUGGAGAGGUAGGCAGAGAAUAUCCUAUCGAUAUUUGGUUGAUGCUGGCAUCAUACAUACGUCCAGAAGACACUGUGAAUUUCUCUCUAAUUUGUAAAAGAGCUUGGACUGUCACUUGCACUGCUGCCUUUUGGACCAGACUGUACAAAAGGCACUACAAUAGGAAUGCUACCCUCCCAAUCCGCUUGCAGCCAGAGUCAAUGGAGAAGAUGUACUGCCUUCGUGCAUGUGUAAUUCGGUCUUUAUACCAUAUGUACAGACCUUUUGUUUCUCACAUAGCCAGAAGCCCAGCUAUUCCAGAGACAACUCCAAGCACUCUAAAAAAUUCAAAAUGUCUGCUUUUCUGGUCAAGAAGGGUUGAGCAACAGUCUUCACGGUGGGAAUUCAGCUUCAAAUUACAAAGGCAGGCUCCGAAGUUCAAGAAUACCUGUUUGAAACGUCUCCAGCCACCUCUCCGAUACGAAGAUGUCCACAUAAACCCUGACCAAGACUGCUGCCUACUGCAGAUCACUACCCUUGACUUUAUAUAUAUUCCUAUAGUGAUGGGCAUGACAGUUACCUUGUUCACAAUAAAUGUAAGCACUGAUAUGAGGCAUCACAGAGUGAAGAUGGUUUUCCACGAUUCCCCAGUUUGGAGUGGCAAGAAACAAAGAUUUGACCAUGGAGUGCAAAUCGUAAUGGACCCUGUGCAUAGUGUGCGUCUUUUCGAUUGGUGGCAUCCACAGUUCCCCUCUUCACACUUCUGAGACAUCCCACGUAAUUUACAUAAUAUGAACUGGAAAAAAAACCUUCAGGAACUUAAUUUUAUUUUUAGACUAUAUUCUAUACUAUCGACAUAAAUGACUGAACUUGAUAGUCCAGCCUGUGCAUAUUUGAUCACAAGUGUGAAGAAAACUGUUGUAAUGAAGUUACAUAAACACUUACUACGUUUUAUGAUCUGAGGGGAAAUUCAACUGAUUUUUUCUAUUGUUAAUUAAAGUUAUCCUAUAUUCUCCUUUGAAAGUGAAUGAAGGUAGAAAGAUUAAAAGUUCUGAUACUACUGAUAUGGUAGAAUGAUGUUGAUAGCUGAAAGAUUCUAGUGUUUUAAGCAUUCCUCAUUCUAGUUCUGUGUAAGAAAACAUCAGAUAAUACAGGAUUAACUUUUUCUUACAUAGGGACACUUCGGGGUCUUAAGGAUGUAGCUCACUAACUGUCUUGGGGGAAAGACAAAGUAGUCCUUAGAACUAAAUUUAUAGAAAUUUAUUUCAGAUUGCUUAGUGUUAGGAAAUUACUAAUUACAAUGAUACCAGGUUUUCCUAUUCUGGUAAUCAAAUGUGGGCAACCAGUUUCUGCCUGCCAUCCUCUAACAUCCUGCCUCUAGAUACCCCCCAAAAUGCAAACUAUCAAUUGCUGCUGCUAGACUGCUAGCAAGAAAACUCUUCCUCUUGCAUUAUGUUUCCCAGCAGAAUCAAUCCUCAGCCAGAGAAGAUGCUAUAAAUGCCUUGUGGAAGGGAGAUCUAAGCUUCCCUUACACCCCAGUGCCACUUGUGUAUGCGCGCACAUGUAUACAUGCAGCUGUCUCAGUCCUUGCAAAUAUCAGCUGUUAAUUAAACUUGUAUAUAGAUUAAUACUGGGUUGCACCCAGAAUUAAUCAUGCUUAGAGUAAAACCAUUAAAAUCAGUAAGGUAAUUUGGUCAUUAGUAUUUGCCAUAUUUAUUUCAAAAACAUCUAAAUCUGGCUCCAGCCUACUUAUUGCAGUAACUGUCUCUUUACCGUAUUGCCGAAGGCUUUCAUGGCCGGAAUCACUGGGUCGUUGUAGGUUUUUUCGGGCUAUAUGGCCAUGUUCUAGAGGCAUUUCUCCUGACGUUUCGCCUGCAUCUAUGGCAAGCAUCCUCAGAGGUAGUAAAGUGACUCUUUACCCUUUUCACUUUCAUUGGGCCCACAUAUAAAUGUGAUAUAACUGUUUCUUGUCUAUAUCACAGGCUGCUUUUGUACUUUCCUAACACCAAGGAAUCAUGCCAGUUUUCUUAUUUAGGUAAUUGGAGGAAUUCUUUCUACCUGGCUAGCUUUCUACAGGAUUUCUGAGUCAGGUACUUUUUCAACAGAAAAGGAAACCUUGAUUUCUCCCCACUGGCUUUGUCCAUCUAGUAGGGAGAAAUGUUAUUAUGUGCUUUCUAGUCAUUUCUGGUUUAUCGCAACCCUAAAGCAAAGUUAUCUGAAGAUGCAUUGAGAUUGGGUUUGGCUUUGCUUUCCUCUGAGGCUGAGAGAGUGACUUGCUCAAGAUCACUGAAGUUUUGUCAUUUAGUGUGGUCUUGGGUCUUCAUGUUUGUGUGGUGUAAAAAUGAUACAGAUGGGUAAAACAGUCACUCAGCAUGGUGCUAUGGUACACAAUUCUUGAGGAAGAGUUAAUGUAUUAAUUUGAAAUGUUAUAAAUAUUUUUAUAUGAA